AUGCGCUGCUGGCCGGGCCCGGGGGGCGCCCCCCCGCCCCCGCCGCGGGGGCUGCCCUUGCCCACCACGAAGUGCACGUCGCUGAGGAGCUCGUUGGAGAAGAGGAAGGCGAAGCGCUCCCGCAGCGAGCCCUUGGUGGCCUGCCAGUUACUAGCAGAAGAUUCAAACCGUAAAAUAAAUCAACAAGCUAGUACUGCUCAUCCUGACUCAGAAAGUAUUUCCUGGGUAAUUGUUGCAGUUGGAUUGCUGGUUCUGGUUUUUAUUGCUCUGUUGGCUCGUGUUCUUGUCAAAAGAAAACCACCAAAAGACCCGCUGUUUUAUGUUUAUGCUGUAUUUGCCUUUACCAGUGUAGUGAAUCUAAUAAUUGGACUGGAGCAGGAUGGAAUUAUUGAUGGAUUCAUGACUCAUUACUUGAGAGAGGGUGAACCAUAUCUCAACACUGCAUAUGGCCAUGUGAUCUGCUAUUGGGAUGGCUCUGUUCAUUAUCUGAUGUAUCUGUUGAUGGUGGCAGCUAUUGCAUGGGAACAAAGCUAUAGAACCAUUGGCCUCUACUGGCUAGGUUCCAUUAUCAUGAGCAUCAUUGUCUUUAUGCCUGGAAACAUUGUGGGCAAAUAUGGAACAAAAGUGUGUCCUGCUUUUUUCCUAAGUGUACCAUAUAUUUGCCUUCCCAUAUGGGCUGGGUUCCGAAUUUAUAACCAACCUUCGGUGACUCACGACACUCCAGUCAAGGUGGUUCAAGAAAUCCAGAAGAAAGGACUCUUAAGACGACCAAUAGAUUUAAUGUUAGCUGCAUACCUCAUUCUAGCAACGGGGUUUUGCAUAUUUAGGGGCAUGAUUGCUCUGGAUUGCCCUGCUGAACUCUGCCGGCUAUAUAUUCAACUUCAUGAGCCUUAUAUAAAAGAUCCUGCUGCCUAUCCUAAGCUUCAGAUGCUGGCAUACAUGUUCUACUCUGUGCCAUACUAUGUGAUUGCUCUGUAUGGCCUACUGGUGCCUGGUUGCUCCUGGAUGCCUGAUAUAACCCUUAUACAUGCUGGAGGACUAGCUCAGGCUCAAUUUUCCCAUAUUGGUGCUUCUCUUCAUGCUCGAACUCCUUACAUCUACAGAGUCCCUGAAGAAGCAAAACAGUUUUUCCUGAUAUUGAACGUAAUGUAUGGGAUUCUUCCCCAGCUGUUGGCUUACAGGUGUGUCAACAAGCCAGAGUUUUUUAUGAAAACAAAACAAGAAGAAAAAACAGAAUAGCACAACUCUUUUCAGCUCCUCUUUUUGGCUAUGUAUAUUAUUGGGUUGGGAUGUAACUGAACUGCUCAGAUAGAAUCCAAAUGAAGCGUGUAAGAUGUGUAAAAUAGCACAAUUGUGUAAAGUUGCACGGUCUGUUUUGUUUAUCCUACUCAAAAAGGGAAAAUAAAGAUGACUGCCUUCAAUACCACUUCUCAACAUUUUGACUUUGUGCUGUAGUGGAGUUGCUAGUUCACAUAGCUAUUUUUAAGUAAGCUGCUUUGACAGUUUUAGAAAUACUGCAUGAAGUUAAAUAAUAAUAAUGAUGUCAGUGUUCAGCCUCCACACACUGAAGAAUAUCGGCGCUAGCAGUCCCUAUACAGAGCUACCAUAGAAUGUGAAGGACAACAUUUUAAAGUGUGAAAAAUUAACAUACAUA